GCAGAGGAAUUUGAAACUUUCGGAAGAGUGGCGUGGUACGUCGUACGAGGCGUGACUAUCACCUUCUCUCUUCAUCGCUGGUUCUACGCUGAACGCUGAACCGAUUAAAAAGAAAAGGGACAUGAGGCGAUUAGCCCGGAGCGUCGGUAUUCGUCUGAACGGGCUGCCUCGCUGUGCCUUCUGCGAAGCGGCACGGUGGAAGACUUCUGCGUCUCCCUCGCAGCCCACCGAGGAUGGGAAUGAGGUGACCAGCGUGUUCCCAGGAGAGGAGGUGACUGCGACGGAAGCACCACCGUCGCACCGCUCAAAGUCGGACAUGUCGCGCCACCGCCGCCACAGCCAACAACGUAGCGAGGCGGACGGGCUCGUAAGCGACAUCUUCCGCCUGCAGAAACAAGUCGCCGUCGAGCAGCAGCGGCAGCGCCUUUCCGUCCGCGCGUCUCGACUCGGGGAGGCAACCACCUCGAGGGCGGCCGCGACAUUACCGAGAAGUGUGCCUUCGCCUGCUUUAGCUGCGGAGAUGAUGGCGGCGGAGGGGGUCUAUGUGCCGGAGACACCCGCUGCUGCAGUACCGCCUCCUGUUUUAACGGUGCCAUCCGCCGAAGAGACGGCCGCCGCGGCUCGUCGAGCCCGUCGGUUGGAGGGUGGUGUUGCGGCUUUUGUGGUGUCGUCGUCUUCCCCAGCCGCCGCGCCGCCUUCAACAUCCACGCUGCCGCCACUGCAAUCGUGGACCCCACCGUUUGCGCUCACCUCCGAACGCCUGCACUCUUCCUUGGACGGCCCGGCCUCUGACGUGGCGUUUACGCUGGAGGAGUUGGAGAACACGCUGUUCACCCCCUCCGCGGAGGCUACAGAACAAGGGAAGGGCGAGGCGAAUUCUCUUGCUUUUUCUGUUACCAGGGACUCUACCGAUACCACAACCGCCGUUUCUCCUCCGCCGCCGCCUCCGUCGUCCCCUCCCGCUACGCCGUCCUCGGCUACGUCGUCCACAACUGAAAGGGUGUCCUCCGACAGCGCUGCAGCUGCCACUGGAGAAGAGGAAUUGAAACAACAGGAAGUCAAAGAAACACCGGUUUCCAAGGAAGAAGCCGCGCGCUUACCGGAGAACGUGAAAGUGCCACCGAACUCGAAUGCAACAUCGGGCAACCGGUUGAGGUCAACGGCUGCACCGCAGGUGCAGCCACUCAGUCCUGCAUCCAAGCCUCUCCCACCAGUGCUGAAGUGUCGGCUGCGCGGAACGGCGGUGGUGGUCACCAUGUCCCGCGUGCCGUGCGAUCUGUGUGAGCUUGUGGAGGCUCUGCAGGAGGCCGUCACCUUUGCUGAGUCCCUCCCAACGCUGCCCCAGGAAUCGCGCGAGGUGCGACUGCGUGUUGACCCGUCCGCACCCGAGUGUGCGGCCUUUUCGUUUCUCGGUGUCCGUGACCUUUCUGCGGUCGCGUCUUCUCUCACCGAACGCGUUGGGGUGCAGUUCAUGAAGGAGAGGUUGCUGCGACGCAUGCAGGAUGGCCACCACCGCAAACUACACUACGUGGCAGAAGUUCACGUGCAGCCAACCGCGGUGCCGUCGAUGUUGGAGAACUUUACCGCCGAGCUCCUCCUCGCCUGUGACGCACACGAGAUGCGGUCGAAGAACGGCUUAGACGGAGGUGCGAAGGACGCGGUGAAGUUGUCGUUCCGUGGCAUUGGCGUUGGCGUCUUUCCUGCCCCAGCCACGGCGCGUCGAAUGAGGAAGCGUAUUGCAGUGAUGCUCGCGCGGGAGGAUCAACGAGGGCCGCUGCUGACCCAUCUAGGGCGAAAAGACUACGAAAUCAGCAAGGAGCAGUCCGCAUUUGACCUUGCCAGUGUUACCGCGAAUACAAUGCUGUGUCUGCAUCUUCUGCCGACUGACGUCACCACGGCGCUUCUUAUGACGAAAAGCGCGGAGGACGUAGUCCAGCAGAUUGGUAGUCUGAGUGCACAGAUAGGCAGAGCAAGGUCUGGCGUGGGCGCUUUCAUUGCCUCGCUGUUGCAACGAUGGGCGGCUGUGAAGGUGCAACGGGGCGGAGUGAAAGCCAUAUGGCGGUCCCCGGAGGUGCGCACCGAGUCCUCCUUGACCACAUGCGUCACUGCGGCGCAGGUGUGGUCGUGGGUGUGCGAAGCCGUGUUGCGACCUGGUGCCACGGACACGGUCAUUCGUGAUGCAGUGACGGAAGCCAUGCGCGCCGCUCCGCUGCAGCGAUGUCUGCGAAGCUACGCUUUCGCGGCCGCACCAAUCCUUGCGUUGCAAUCACUGCCGCUAAUCAUCAGCAAAAGCGAGGCUGCAGCGGGUCGCAGCACCGCCGCGUCUUCACCGUAUGUCAUCGAGGUAUCUCUCGCUACAUUGGCGCAAACAUCAGUAACGGACCUGGCAAGUGAAAUACGGGAUCAACCGUCGGACGUGGUGCUCGCCAUUGCGGCGUCUGUUCCGCUGGAGCGGCGGCUGAAGUUCCUCGCCUCGCUGCAUCUCAUUGACACCGGCGAUCAUCACCAGGUGAUGGUGUUGCUGUCCGGCAAGCCGCAAGAGAUCGACGAAUGCGCUUCGCUGACCAGAUCGUCUGCACGUUUGGUCGCUGCGCCGGGGGCUACGGACUGCGGUCCCACGAUCGUCUCUCCGGCGGAACCUUCUUGGCUCCACCAAACGGUAGAGGUGAGUUUGGCGCGCUCGCCUCCCCCAGCGGUACCUCGCGACGGCUGGACCGCGCCUGAAGUGAACGAGGCGGUGCAGUACGUAGUGAAGAACUUGCAUCGGCCAUGUGUGGUGACAACGAAGUCGGACAUCGGGCUCGCUUUGCGCAGAGCGGCGCACAACGCUGAGAUGAAGUCCGCCCCGAAAAGCCACGACAUUGCUUCUGUGAGAGGAACGGCAGCUGUCAUAGGCAGGCAGCUGUGGCAGCAGUCGCUGACGCCUCUCGUUCCCCUCUGCCACGACGCUCUCGGCGUGGUGGCGAGAGUCACUGAGCCUCCACGCUUCUUCUCACCACCACGGAAUCGCAAGACAGUAGCUGCUGUGGCAAGGGCAACGGUUGAUCCUGGACUGGCGUUCCUGAUGGUGUUGGAUGCGGCCUGCCAAGCCCUCUGUCGUGAGGAGGAGACCGCUUCUCCAGCUGCGGUAAACGUCUUGUCUAUUGCGGCGUUGCAACUGGACGCUUCUGCCGGUGGUGUGUUCGACGCCGCAGAUCGAGUCUCCGCGGACAGCGUGGAGGGCAUCCUGACUGCUAUGGAGGCAGCCGCGGCAGAGCACUCCGUCUCGUUUGCAUCUCUCUCACUCCUUCGCUGGAUGGUCGAGGAGAAGCUGUUGUUUUACCAGUUGAACAGCACCGUAAUCACGCGUUUUUCCAAGGCUCAGCCGCAGGGAUGA